GGCUUAUGACCACAGCAGAACUUCACAUCAACAACCAUCCACACUUUUUGGUUCGACUUUAUACCCGUCUGAAUUUAACCUGCCCACUCCGGUCACACCACUGCUUCUGCCUCCACGCCCCAGUGUGGGUCACAUCAUGCUCGGGCUGUAUAAAGGAGAUGGACCACAGCGCUCAGUACACACCUCGGGUCCUCGACUGCAACCAAGCUGCUCUUCUGAUACUCUGUGAUACUCCGAGCAUAGGACUGAAACGAGUCGCAAUGGGCGAGCGUUAUGAUUGUACAGAGUGUCAGGAGUCCCUGUACGGCCAUAAGUACAUCCUGAAGGAGGAAAAGCCCUACUGCAUCAAGUGCUAUGAGACGCUAUUCUCCAACACCUGCGAAGUGUGCCAGAAGCUCAUCAGCUGCACAAGCAAGGAUCUGUCGUACAAGGAUCGCCACUGGCACAGCGACUGCUUCCUCUGCAACAAGUGCAGCCGGUCUCUGGUCGAUCGGCCCUUUGCCACCAAAGAUGAAGUGCUCAUGUGCAUCGAGUGCUACAGUAACGAGUACUCCGCCAAGUGCCACGCGUGUCUGAAGACCAUCAUGCCGGGCUCUAAAAAGAUGGAGCAUAAGGGUAACAGUUGGCAUGAGAGUUGCUUCACCUGCAACCGUUGCCAGCAGCCCAUCGGCACCAGGAGCUUUGUCCAGAAGGACGCCAACAACUACUGUCUGCCCUGCUAUGAGAAGCAGUUUGCUCUGCAGUGUGUCCACUGCAAGAAGCCCAUCACCACUGGUGGUGUGAACUACCGCGACCAGCCUUGGCAUAAGGAGUGCUUCGUUUGCAUCGGGUGCAAGCAGCAGCUGGCCGGCCAGAGGUUCACCUCUCGAGAUGACUUUGCCUACUGCCUUGAUUGCUUUUGCAACCUGUUUGCUAAGAAAUGUGCUUACUGCACCACCCCAAUCAGUGGUCUUGGGGGGAGCAAAUACAUCUCUUUCGAGCAGCGCCAGUGGCACAACGACUGCUUCAACUGCAAACGGUGCUGCGUGUCUCUGGUUGGUCGGGGUUUCCUGACGUGCAAAGACGACAUCCUGUGCCCCGACUGCGGCAAGGACAUCUGAGCGAAAUCCACCAGAAGACAGCCCGAGCUGGAUCGGCUCCCUGUCAGCAUGCACAGCAGCAUUCACCUAACUUUGCAUGAUUUGAAUCAUUUAUCAGUGUCUUAAACAUUAACAUGUUUUUUUAUGCAUGCACUGAAGAUACUGCGUUUUAUGUGAAUGACCUGCAGCCUUUAUUCCCCAUCAGAAUUUCUGCAUUUUGCUCAGGAAUCAUCCACAUGUAGAACAAGAACAUGUUUUACUUUCAAGUCUAGAAUGCUAUAACCCAAAUAUACUAUGUGACAGCACAUGUAAGAGCAUGUGAGGCUGUUCUUAACUGAUAGCACUAUGAUGUAAUUGUUACUACUAAUGAUGUUUGUUCUAAUUAAAUCAUUGCUGUGUAAUCUAAUUUCAAUCUGUUAGGCACAAUAAAGAGCUUUAAAGGAUGCUAAA